AUGGAUGAUGCAAUUCCUGCUGUUGCCGCUGGUGUUCCCGCUGCUAUUCCGGUUGCUUUUUCUUUCGAACCGUUCAACGCAGCUACUGCCAAAUUCGAUCGCUGGUUGAAACGAUUGGAUAUUUCGUUCCGAAUUUUCAAGGUCAGUGUGGAGGAUAAGCGCGAUUACUUACUGCACUACAUGGGAAGUGCAACGUAUGACGUUCUAUGCAACAAAUUGAAGAACGACCCCCCGCACACGAAAACGUAUGAGGAGAUAGUGGCAUUGCUGAAAACGCAUUUCAGUCCAGCUCCACUGGAAAUUCUCGAAAACGUUAAAUUCAACAGCCGGAAGCAAAAGGACAAUGAAUCGUUGAGUGAUUACAUCAUGAAUUUGGAAAAGAUGGCCCAAACCUGCAACUUCGGGGCGCAUCUGGAUUCAGCUCUUCGUAAUCAAUUUGUGUUCGGAAUCCAAAAGCAAGAAAUUCAAUCACGGCUAUUGGAAGUGCGUAACCUGACAUUGGCAAGAGCAAAAGAAAUUGCAUUCGGCAUGGAGAUGUCACUUCGGGGUACCGAUGAAAUGCACGGUGCCGUUUCACAGCCUCAAGUACAGCACAUUGAACACGGGAAGAAGAAGAAAAAGAAAAUGUUUCGACCACCAACGGAAAAACAAGGCAACACUUCAAAUUCGUCAGGACCAAGUUGCUACAGGUGUGGUGACAGGAAUCAUUUCGCGAACAAAUGCAAGCAUCAAAACACUACGUGCAACCAUUGCAGAAAGAAGGGGCAUCUUGAAAAAGUAUGCCAGUCGAAAAUAAAUGCUAAGAAGGAAAAAAGGAUGCACAUCACAUCGAGGACCUGCCUAUCGUGA